AUGACUGGAGCUAAACCUGAGAAAACUCCUAUGUGUCCUGGCACAAAACUAAGUCUUGUUUCUGACACUCUUCUAGCUAAUCCUAAACUUUAUAGAAGUGUCAUUGGAGCCUUGCAGUAUCUCACCAUGACCAGACCCGAUAAAGCAUUUGUUGUGAAUCGACUCAAUCAAUUCCUCAAAGCUCUUACUACCUCACAUUAUUCUACUUGCAAGAGAGUACUUCGGUAUCUUGUUGGUACACCUACUCUAGGCAUAUGUUUCAAAGCAGCUCCAACUUUGGAUUUACAAGGCUUUACUGAUGCAGAUUGGGCCAGCAAUGUAGAUGAUCGCAAAUCUACUUCUGUCUAUUGUGUGUUUCUUGGUGGCAAUCUCAUCAGUUGGUGUUCUAAAAAGCAACAAGUUAUUGCUCGGUCUAGUACAAAAUUCGAGUAUAGGUCCCUUGCUUUAGCUACUGCAGAACUCUUCUGGAUCCAGUUGUUUCUCACCGAGUUAACCUUUCCAGUUUCUGGUUGUCUCAUUUUGUGGUGUGAUAAUAUGGGUGCUAGGCCAUUAGCCCCAAAUCCUGUGUUUCAUUCCCAAACGAAACACAUUGAGAUAUAUUUGCAUUUUGUGAGGGAUCGUGUUCUUGCUCAACAGCUGGACGUUCGAUAUGUCGAUUCUGCUCAUCAAAUUUCUGACUUAAUCACUAAAGCUUUAUGUUUACCCAAAAAACGGCUCCUGAUGACGUGGUAG